UACUUUUACCCAAUGGGAAUAGUUUUCCAAUAGAAAGUAGGUGGGACUUCCUUUCGGUCCGAGCCUCAAGACCUCCAUUGAAGGGCACAAGCACAAGCAAGUCAAACGCAAUCUCCUGAAGUGUCUUGUGUUCAAGGUUCACAAAUCAUCAUGGGAGGGCAUGACGCAGGAUCUCAGCACCAGUUCACUGGGUUUGCAAAGUACUUCAACGCUUACACAUUAGUAGGCAGGAGAAAUUGCGUUUUGGCCACAUAUGCCAGCAUAGCAGCAAUAGUGCUUUUCUUCAAAUUGAAACCGAAGAAACAAGCCGCAGUCGCUGAUAAGUAAAAUGUACUCUAUUUGAUUUCUACCUGCUAGGAGUGAAGAAGGCAACUGGAUGUGCUUGGAAUAUAAUAAGUGUUUGGUUUCCCAAUGUUAACAAUAAAGACCAUUUCUGCCCAAAACUUUAAAAAAAUUGUUUU